UUCCCUAUUCUACCGUACGGAUAUUUAUACUAAGAGCUGCUAUUAUUGUCAUUCCCCUUUCGAGGUCAAUCGGAGUCCCCUUCUCCGCUGUAACUUGCAACAGAUACUUGUCACUCGCGGUCAGUGUGUCUGACAGGGGGGCAGCGAAAUGUUCUCGCUUCUCCAGUUUUGGAGCUUGUGAGAGAUCCGUGGUGUCUUGCACCCAUGCGGGAUCUUCCGUUGAACCACUGACUGCGUCUGGCAAGACUCGGUGCCAUUGUCGAACCCAUCGCCCAUCUCAGACCGAGUCGUCCUCACCCAUACUCUGAAGUAUGAUUGUUUCGCGGUCGACAUGUGUGGUUUGAACUAGGAGGUAGACGCUUCGGGUCCGACAUCCGACGUCAAACGAAACUGUGUCCGUACAUCGGCUGUAUCGCAUGAAGACAAGGGGGGAAAUCGCCGAAGAAGCUGCGUCCGGAUAAGAGAAAUGUGGCGCGAAUACGGCAAGAGAUUUCUUUCUCGAUUCCUCUAGGUGUGCUCUUCACGGACAGGGUCGGUUAUGCGAAGGCGGUCCACGGUUGCUCGAUGCAGCCUUUGCUGAACCCAGAUCCCAAGGAGCAACGAGACUGUGUCUUCGUGAAUCGCAUGGAGAGUCUCGAUUUGAGCAAGAUCAAACGUGGCGACGUCAUCGUGUUCAUUUCACCAAGAGAUCCAUCUGAGCUGCUCAUAAAGAGAGUUAUAGGUCUUCAAGGAGAUACGAUAAGAACGUUCAAGGGCAACGAGCUCGUGCACAUACCAUCUGGUCAUAUAUGGGUCGAAGGAGACAAUCAUAGAGUUUCCUACGACUCGAACGAUUUCGGCCCUAUAAGCAUCGGACUCACCGUUGCAAAGGCUACUCAUAUCCUUUGGCCGCCUAGACGUAUAUCCCCGAUAGAGAGCGCGGAAGCUCCGGGAAGGAUAUCUGCUCCCGGACUCAUGAGCUAGCGUUUUCUCGGAGGAGGUUCACGAAGGCUUUCGCAGGCGAGGAAGUCCAGCUGCAUCCUCCCGGAGCGCGAACUCCAGAGCCGGCAGUCCUCGACCGAAUGCCCUCCGUGAGUUCUAGCACUCUGAGCAUCACCUGGCUCUGACACUACAUCAGAUUACAGGGAAAUCCGACUUGAGGAGCCGGGAAUCGCCAAUCUCAUGGGCUUGGAUUCUCCGAGAACUUUCAUUGAACGCUUUUCAAGAGACCGCAUCGCGAACGAAAUAAGUCGCAACGGAGUUCAUCCCGGAUUCAAUUCGAAGGCAAAUGUGCGUCGGGGAGGGAAAAUUUACAGUUUGCGUGAUGGACUUGAUCCGCCAAGCACCGAUAGUAGGACUGUGUAGACAGGAGCUCAAGUCACGUCUAUGAGCGUAAUAAAAUAUGCCACAUAACGGGUAU